CAAGGAUCCAUCAGCUUUCAGCAUUCUUGUUGCCCCAGCAACCUGAGUAGAAGAUUAUAUUUGGAAUCAAAUUGUAAAACCAUGCCACUCAGCAAUGUAUCGCCAAUAUUUACGUUUUGUUAAAUCUUACGAAAAAGUUGUCAGCAAGUCGCUUGAGCGUGAGGAUUCAGGAGUGUCGGGGGUGACGAAAUCAGAGAUUGGUGAAAGUUUGGACCUGCCUUCGUCACCACAACCUAUCACCAUGGCCCAAGUCGGAAACCUCCAAUUGACAAAACCUGCCCCUGAAUUCAAUGCAAAGGCUAUUGUCAAUGGUGAUUUCAAAGAUGUCAAACUGUCAGACUACAGAGGGAAAUAUGUGGUCUUAUUUUUCUACCCUCUAGACUUCACGUUUGUCUGCCCAACAGAAAUUAUUGCAUUCAGCGAUCGGUCUGAAGAGUUCCGCAGCAUCAACUGCGAGGUCCUUGGAUGUUCCACAGACAGUGUGUACUCACAUCUAGCAUGGAUCAACACCCCGAGGAAGCAGGGUGGUCUUGGCAACAUGAAGAUUCCUCUCCUGGCAGACAAGACAAUGGAGAUUUCCCGAAAAUAUGGCUGUCUGAAGGAAGACGAAGGAGUUGCAUUCAGAGGACUUUUCAUCAUUGAUGACAAGGCCAACCUGCGCCAGAUCACCAUUAACGACCUCCCUGUCGGACGCUCAGUGGAUGAGACCCUUAGACUUGUUCAGGCAUUCCAGUUCACUGACAAGCACGGAGAAGUUUGUCCUGCUGGAUGGAAGCCAGGCGCAGACACCAUGAAGCCCGACCCCAAGGGCAGCCAGAACUACUUCUCCAAGGUCAACUGAGGACACUGGAGGACGACACGCUAAGUCACUACAAGUGGAUCAGAAUGAAGGGUACAACAGCCUGUGGGGGAUUGGACAACUCAAUAGUGCUGUCAUACUGGGAACAAUGUCAUCAUUGUCAGGUUCCUGCAAUGAUCAGUGACAUUUGCCUGUUUGUGUAGUAACAGCUUCAGCAUUCAUCAUACAUGGCACAGGGGAGACAACUGCUGUCAUAUCUCAUUUCUUCACUUGAUUUGGAGUUGUUUAUUUGAAGACAUUUGUUCUCUGUCCCCAGCUAUGUUGUUAUUGUUAAUGGCACAUCUUUAACUGUCCAUGAAAUAAAUUUUGAAAAUAGGA